ACACCAAAAAAGCCAAAAAUAUUUUGUAGUAAAAAUAAAUGUUCGGUAACACUCAUCCAUUUAUUUACUAUUUAGUCCAUGGUAGUAGCAUAGAACAUAAUGUUUUAUGGUAGUAAUGCAGUAUGCUAGUAUAGUCUUACAGAUUUAAAUAAAUUAUCUGCUCAUCAAUUCAAACUACGAGUUGAUCAAUUAAAUUAACAUUUGAUUUUUUUUAAACUGUUUACACCUACUAUUUACUAGCUAAUAUGAGUAUUUUAAAUUGGAUUAAUAAAAUAUUUAACAUCGAUAUCAUAAAGCCCAAUUCGGAUUUGCCUUCAGAAUUUCAACUACCUACUGGAGAUGCUGAAAAUAUUAAUGCUGAAAAUGUUAACGCUGAAAUGCAUAAUUUAAAAAUUAAUGAUUUUACUGAUUCAUUUAAUAGAAGAAACCAAUUUGAAAAUGAUAGAAACACCUUUAAUCUUGAAGAUAUCUUUAGACUAAUGGAAUUAGAAUUUCAAAAUUUCCAAAAUCAUAUUAAUGAAUCUGGUAUUUCUAUGAUUCCAAUCAAUCAAUCAACAAAUGAAGAACAUAUUAAUGGUAUACCAAAAAAAAAUUUUAUAGCACAAAGUACUUUUCUUAAUCCUAGUUCAAGACCUUCAAAACCUUUGGAUGAUUCUUCAUUAAACAUAACAAUAAAUAAUUCUGGAUCACAAUAUUUUGAAAAGUCUGGUUGGUCAACCUCAAAGUCUUCUUAUAUAUCUAAAAACUAUAAUGGCAGAAUAAUUGAAAAAGAAACCUCUACUAAUCAGUUACAAGAUGGAAUUAUUGAAACAGUAACUAUUAUGAAAGAUGGAAAUAAAAAAUGUGUUGAAACAAUAACAGAAAAUUCAAUAACUGGAGAAAAAACUGAAAAACUACAAUUAUCCAACCUGGACCAAAAUGAAUUGAAUGAAUUAAAAAAACAAUUUUUUAAAUUCUAAUAACAUUAGUAAGUUUGUGAAGGAAUAGAUACAAAUUUACAAAAAUAUAAUAAUUUUCUGUUGAAAAUAUCCAAAAUAGGUUUGAAUCAUUAAUUUGUGGAAAAUAUUAUUAUGUUAUUAACAUAGUGACAAUAUAUAAUGAUGUUCAAAAAUUAAA